AUGGCAAAUCAAACUGGCAGCAGCUUUCUUACGUUACCGGUAGAACUUAUCCAUGGAAUUCUUGAUCAUCAAACGGACUACACCAUUCUAUGUUCAAUGAGAAACACACUUACUACAUUAGACCUCAGAUCUAAUAAAAUCGGACAUGUUGGAGCACAACAUUUGGGUGAUGUCUUACAACAUAACACGACACUCACUACACUAUAUCUCGGAUGGAAUGAAAUUGGAGAUGUUGGUGCAGAACGUUUGGCUCGUGGAUUACGACACAAUACAAUCCUCACCACACUCGAACUCGGAUACAAUCGAAUCGGACAUGUUGGGACACAGCAUUUCACUGAUGCAUUAAGGUACAACACGACACUUACUACACUAAGUCUCGAGUCUAAUAAAAUAGGAGAUGUUGGAGUACAACAUUUGAUUGAUGCAUUACAGCACAAUACAGCAAUUGUAAUUCUUUCAUCAUCUAUACCAUAUAUUUAUCAUCACUUUUUGAUCUCGUCACUCACUACACUUAGUUUUGAGUCUAAUCAAAUCGGAGAUGUUGGAGCACAACCGUUGGCUGCUGCAUUACGACACAAUAAGAUACUCAUUACAUUAGGUCUCGGAUGGAAUGAAAUAGGAGAUGUUGGAGCACAACAAUUGGCUAAUGCAUUACGACACAAUACAGUAAUUCUCAUUUUCACUUUAUCUAAACCAUGCAUUGAUCUCUACUUUUUCAUGAAGGCACUCACCACACUCGGUCUUCGAUGUAAUAAAAUCGGACAUGUUGGAGCACAAUAUUUAGGUGAUGCUUUACGUCACAAUAAGACACUUAACAUACUAGGUCUCGGAUACAAUCAAAUCGGGGAUAUUGGAGCACAGAAUUUGGCGACUGCAUUACGAUACAACACGGCACUUGCAACACUAGGUCUCGAAUCUUGUCUAAUCGGAGAUGUUGGAGCGCAACAUAUGGCUAAUUCAUUACGACAGAAUACGUCACUCACUACACUAAGUUUUGAGUCUAACGAAAUUGGAGAUGUUGGAGCCCAACAUUUGGCUGACGCAUUAAGACACAACUCGACACUCACCACACUAGGUCUCGGAUCCAAUCAAAUUAGGCAAACUGGCGCACAACAUUUGUCUGAUGCUUUAAGACAUAACAAGACACUUACCACACUAGGUCUCGGAUACAAUGAAAUCGGAGAUGCUGGAGUAGAACAGUUCGCCGAUGCAUUACAACAUAAUGCGACACUCACUAUAUUAAGUCUUGAGUCUAAUAAAAUUGGAGAUGUUGGAGCACAAUAUGUCGGUGAUGCAUUACGACACAACACAGUACUCACUGUACUAGAUCUCAGAUCUAAUCAAAUCGGAGAUGUUGGAGUACAACAAUUGGCUAAUGCAUUACGACACAACAUAGGACUCACCGUACUAGAUCUGCAUGGGAAUAGAAUCGGAGUUUUUGCAGCACAACAUUUAGCUGAUGAAUUGCGACACAAUACAACACUCGUCACACUAGGUCUUACAUACAAUAAAAUCGAAAAUGUUGGAGUGCAGCAUUUGGCUGAUAGAUUACGACAGAACACGACACUCGCCAUACGAAAUCGCUGGAGAAAUCAAGUCGGUGGUGACGUUUUGCAUGAGAUCAAGGAAUUUGUUAACAGAAUAAGAGAAGAAGAGGACUGGCCUUUGUUAUAUUAA